ACAGGAGAGAGGAGGCCACUAUAAGAUGUGUAAAUGAUCCUAGUUAGGCAGUCGAUUAGGAAUUACAUAUUUGCCGUCAUUUAUUUAAAACAAAAUAAGGACUAUGGAGAUUUUCUGCCCACUGAGGCACAUUGGGGAAAUGAAUCUUUCUAAAGAAGAGAAUGUGGUUGUCACUGACAAGUUGCGUUAAGUGUCUCACAGAUCCAGCCAUGCAGAGCAACAGCAGCGCUCUGGAACUGGCACCCCUGGAUGUGCUGAGCGCAUGCGGGGGAGAGGAGGAUGAGCGUGAACUCUCCAAACUGAUCAACCCAAACGGAGUGGGAUCCAACUUGGCCACCUUGAACCUGUCCCUUAACUGCUGGAUCCACAUCCUCUCCAAGGAAUCCUCAGUGGAUCUGCAUGGGGACAGUGGCAACACAGCGGUGCGAAUCCUCAUCGCUCUUGUCUACCUCGUGGUGUGUGUCCUGGGCCUUGCGGGUAACCUCCUGGCACUUUUCCUGCUGCAUUUCCGUCGCCGAAGUCACCAGCACUCCUCUAUCGACUGUUUCGUGAUGAGCCUUGCCCUUACUGACCUCCAGUUCGUUCUCACCUUGCCCUUCUGGGCCGUGGACACAGUACUGGACUUCCGCUGGCCCUUCGGCAGGGUCAUGUGUAAGAUCGUGAGCUCGGUCAGCACCAUGAACAUGUAUGCCAGUGUGUUCUUCCUCACCGCCAUGAGUGUGACACGCUACCACUCGCUAGUCACCUCUUUGAAACUCGCCAACCCAAGGAAGGCCGCUACUGGAGCCAAGUGGGUCAGUUUGGGUAUUUGGGUGGUCUCGCUGGUGGCCACGCUGCCUCAUUCAAUCUACUCUACCACUGUUCAGGUGUCCGCUGACGAUGAGCUCUGCCUUGUGAGGUUUUCUGAAUCAGAUUCCGGUCACUUGGAUCCUCAAGUACUCCUUGGGCUCUAUCAAAUGCAAAAAGUGCUUCUGGGAUUUAUAUUCCCUUUGAUAAUCAUCAGUGUGUGCUAUCUCCUCCUCCUAAGAUUCAUCUUGAGCAGAAGCCUCGUGGGCAGCAUGAUAGGUGGCAGCACGGCAGAGCCGUCCGAAUACGAGCGAGGUCGCCACCGCCGUCGUUCCAGAGUUACCCGCUCAGUCACCAUUGUAGUUCUGUCCUUCUUUAUCUGCUGGUUACCCAACCAGGCUCUGACCUUGUGGGGCGUAUUGAUCAAGUUUGACCUGGUGCCCUUCAGCAAAGCCUUUUACAACGCGCAGGCCUACGCAUUCCCCUUGACCGUCUGCUUGGCCCAAGCAAACAGCUGCCUCAACCCAGUACUCUACUGUCUGAUCCGCCAGGAAUACCGCACUGGACUCAAGGAGCUUCUGCUCCGAGUGUCCCUCCCAAUCCGAAACAUUUUUACCCAUGUUCUGAGGGGAAGGAGGGUGGAGGUGGCUCCCACCAGCUUGGUCAUGAUACACAAAGAAAAUAUGUGAUUUAGAAAGUUGAUUCUAAUUGGAUUCAGCAAACCCUGGCUUUUCCAAAGCGAUAUGGUCGAAGCCAUGUCGAGAAUAGUGAAAACACGCAAGUAAUUGUCAUCCCUGCUUAGAUGUUUUCAAAUAUAAAAUCAAUUAUAUAUAUUGGAUAUAAAUCGGUUCUUUAACUCAAGAUGCACUUCAUUGUGCAGUGGUGCUUUGAGGUACGAGCUAAACUUGUUCCAUCACCACGCUCGUAACUCAAAACACUUGUAACUUGAAUCAUCUUUCCGCAGAAUUGCCAUCAGCGGACUCAAGAUUCAUCGGCUAAUUCAAUGAAGUCAAUUUAUUGUGUUAGCAUUGUUGGUCAGCAUUAAGCUAAGCGGAUUUAAAGCUAUGAGAUUGUUGUUGAAAUGUGUAAAUUUUUUUGGUUUUUUUUUUAUGUUUAGUUUGAUUGUACGCUUCCACUGCGAGUGUUAUUAUAAAGCUUGAAGCCUGUGUCAAAUUGCUGUUUGUUGUACAGUUGAGUUUGCAGCCAUUGCCUAGCAUUUGUAUAUCAAAUUAUUGUUUUCAAAUCAGAAAAAAAUCUCAAGUUAACGCUGUAAUUCUGAGACCCUAAUACCAAAGUUUCCUAGUUUUACACUGUCUUGAAUCACAAAAAUUCGUGAGUCGAUGAUGACCCCAAAAGUUAAUUCCAUAAAGAUCCCACGAGAUUGUGCCAAAGUUACAUUUUCUGACAUGGCUUUGGCCUUAGUGAAUUUUCCAAUGAAUAGCUCCAUAGAAAAAUUCCUCAAUUUGUGAAUAGGGAACGACAAACAAGGAAGGGUUCACUCUUCCUUGAUGUUCCUUUUGAUCGUUUUGUGUACAAUAUAAUUUUUAACUCUCAAGACGGACAUCCUUGCCACGUAUUUUUGUGUUGCUAUGCACAAUUCACCAAUGUUUUCAAUAAACACGUACAAGUAUGAUCAAUUCUUAAUCAAGUAAUGCAAUCCUUUUUGUUCUCUGUCCAAUCAAGCAAAAUCCACUUGUAUGGUCGAUUUAGUUUUUUUCUAAUUUUUACAUUAAAUGUGGACGCAAGAACGCCUGAUGAAAUUUCCCUCCUUUACCUCAGCAAGCUGGACUGCGGAAAAAAAACAGUCAGCCCCAUUUAUGCCUCUCUGUGUGCGUAUCACUGUGAUUUAGUGCUGUGAAAACAUACUGGUGUAUAUUUAUUGUGACAUUAAAUAAAAGCACAGGACAAAAGAGUGCUGUGAUGAAAAGCAAUCUCACCAAAUGAUUUAGGGUAAAAAAGGCCCGCCUGUUGCGUAAAAGCCAUUCUGGAAUAUUUUUGCCCUUUUGCAACCUUUCAAGUCUGAACGUAGAUAUUUGUCUAUAGUUGCUCAAUGAUCGAGGAUGACACGUGAAUACCAGCUAGACAUAUACAUCCUGCCGGGUGCUUCUUCUUUGUGUGCAUUAUGGUUAUAAUUAACUUCACAAACUAAAAUGACGUUAUCUAAGGGUCCUUCUUUACAACUGUGAGGUGGUCAUUUAAAAAAUAAAAAUAAAAAUUGAUCAUCAUUGACAGGUACAGUGAAAAUAAAGUUACCACAUUUCUGUUCGGACACUUAAAACUCUGAUUAAAAAAACAACAACAUUAAAAAAAAAAAAAAAAAAACAUGACACAAACACAUACACACACAUAAAAAAAAAAAAAAAUCACACCACUUUGCACCACUACUGUACGAUACAUCUAAACAAACAAAAUGAAACAAAUAUUUUAUAUAAUUAAUCAGAACGUUUGGGGUUCGUUAUAGAUACUCUAAAUUAUGGCAGAUGUGUGUUGUUGACUUUAAUUUAAUGUUUGAACGCGAGUGAUUAUUUCAAAACCCAGCUCCAGGCCAAAUGAUAAGAGGUUGUGUACAAUUAUGCUUUCACUUCCCUCUGGAAACUAUUUUAUUGUAAUAUUUUUCCUUUUCCUUUUCUUCAUAUCAGAAAAAAACAGCAUUUAACACAAGUACAUGGAGCAUGCCAAAGCAACAGGUGGUGCUAUUCCUAGAUUCGUGAGGAAAAGUGGCAUGGAAAAUGAAUGAAUGAAUGUAUGCAAAGCAGGGCCUGCCCAGCCUAUAAACAGACUAUGCAGCUGCUUAGGGCCCCUGACCACCAGGGGGCCCCCAAUCUGGCAAUUGUUUGUGUUCCAUUUUGUUUACAACAGUUUGCUUUAUUUGACUUUUGUGAGUUUUGAGACUUGAUUAAAAGCUUAAAAAAAGUUCUUCCUUAACUUUUCUUUCCUCUUUUAGAAAAAGGUUUGGCACUAUCUACUGUAAGUACUGACAAUCAUUUGGGGUGAGAAGUUUGAAGUAUGCAGUGCAACAAAAUCUGAUGAAUGUACAAAAUAUGGACGUAUGGGUUGGAUUGCAUGUAUGGGUUUCACAGUACACUGUGACGAAAUGGUGGGCCAAAAAUAUUUGCAUUAUUUUGCUUAGGGCCCCCAAAUGGCCUGGGCCGGCCCUGAUGCAAAGCACUGGGUAAGACAGGAAGAAACGUAUUCACAGAUACCGGCGUAAUACAAUGAAGACAAUAUUUACAAUAUCUAGGGAAUAAUAUGUUGACCAUUUAGCAUAAUUUUAAAUAAACGAGGAAAAUUCACAUUUAGAAAAGAUGUUACUGUGUGAUACCUGAUAAAAGGAGACAUGGCAGACUGUAUCCAAGAUGUUAACUAUUUUUUUGCCUGUGAGAUCCAGUGAGGAAAAUAAGUAUUUGAACACCCAGUGAUUUUGCAAGUUCUCCCACUUGGAAAUGAUGGGCAGGUUUGAAAUUUUCAUGUAGGGUCUUGUCCACUGUGAGACACAAUCUAAAAAAAAAAAAAUCCAGGAAUCACAGUGUAUGAUUUUUUAACAAUUUAUUUGUAUUAUACAGCUGCAAAUAAGUAUUUGAACGUCUCAAAUCAAAAUCAAUGUCAAUAUUUGGUACAGUAGUUUUGUUUAAAAUUACAGAGGUCAAACAUUUCCUUUAACUUUCACCAGGUUUGCACACAGUGUAGCAGGGAUUCUGCACCACUGCUUCACACAGAUUUUCUCUAGAUCAAUCAGGUUUCUGGACUGUCAAUGAGAAACACAAGUUUGCGCUUCCUCCAAAGAUUUUUUAUUGGGUUUAGGUCUGGAGACUGGCUAGGCCCCCCAGAACCUUGAUAUGCUUUUUUUGAAGCCACUCCUUUGCUAUUCUGGCUGUCUGCUUCGGGCCAUUGUCUUGUUGGAAGACCCAGUCCCGAUCAAUUUUCAAUGCUCUAACUGAGGGAAGGAGGUUAUUCCCCAAAAUAUCACAAUACAUGGCCCUGGUCAUCCUCUCCUUAAUACAAUGCAGUCAUCC